UGUCGCCUUAAAACUCAACUUCAUUUUCCUCUCUCGGUUAGGGUUUUGGUUGAGCAGACGCGGAGCUUCUUCCUCCAGGAGAAAAAUGGCGGUACCGUUGCUGAGCAAGAAGAUUAUUAAGAAGCGUGUCAAGAAGUUCAAGAGGCCUCAGAGUGACCGAAAGAUUUCUGUUAAGGAAAACUGGAGAAGGCCAAAGGGUAUCGAUUCACGUGUUAGGAGAAAGUUCAAGGGAUGCACGCUGAUGCCCAACAUUGGUUACGGAUCAGACAAGAAGACCCGCCACUAUCUUCCCAAUGGAUUCAAGAAGUUUGUUGUUCACAACGCCAGUGAGCUCGAGCUUCUGAUGAUGCACAACAGGACUUACUGUGCCGAGAUCGCUCACAAUGUCUCCACCAAGAAGAGGAAGGAGAUCGUGGAGCGUGCUGCCCAGUUGGACGUUGUCGUAACGAACAGGCUGGCUAGGUUGCGCAGCCAAGAAGAUGAGUGAAAUAUUCUUUCUUAUGCUGUCAUAUCUUAUGUUUGCUACUUUAUUACAUUCCAGGAUUUUAAAGUUACAUGCUUUCAGAUGUCUGUUUUGGACAAGAUUUUGAUUCUCUUUGAACUCCAUCGUCUUCCCUUGAAACCAGAGGUUUUGGACAAGAUUAUGCAGAUGACGCAUAAUUGAAAUGGUGGUGGUGCCAUGUUUUGUCCGUUAGUGUGUGACCUGCUUUCACAUGGUACCUUGUUCCUCCCAACUAUUUUGGUUUCGGUAAUAAUAUGCAAUGAAAUA